AUGUUCUCGGGGAGCUGGCCGGAGCGGGGCGUGCGCAGCGUGGCGGAAGCGGAAGGGAUUUCGCCGCUCCUGCUGCCGCCGCCACCACCCCCGCCCGGAAUGGCGGAAGUGGAGGCGCCGACGGCGGCCGAGACGGACAAGAAGCAAUUUAGCGGCUCUGGCGGUGGCGCCAUGGACGUGGAGCGGAGCCGUUUCCCCUACUGCGUGGUGUGGACGCCCAUCCCUGUGCUUACGUGGUUUUUCCCCAUCAUUGGCCACAUGGGCAUCUGCACAUCUACAGGAAUCAUUCGGGACUUCGCUGGCCCCUACUUUGUCUCGGAAGACAACAUGGCCUUUGGGAAGCCUGCCAAGUACUGGAAGUUGGACCCUGCUCGGGUGUACGCCAGCGGGCCCAAUGCGUGGGACACGGCUGUGCACGACGCCUCUGAGGAGUACAAGCACCGCAUGCACAAUCUCUGCUGUGACAACUGCCAUUCGCACGUGGCGUUGGCCCUGAACCUGAUGCGCUACAACAACAGCACCAACUGGAACAUGGUGACUGUCUGCUUCUUCUGCCUGCUCUAUGGGAAGUAUGUGAGCGUCGGAGCCUUCGUGAAGACCUGGCUACCCUUCGUCCUCCUCCUGGGCAUCAUCUUAACCACCAGUCUGGUCUUUAACCUUCGGUGAUGGCUGCCUCAUGGCCCUGGACCCACCAUUCCUCUUGGUUCCUGAUUCUUUCUCCUCACCCCAAAAGGCAGGGAUGGGCCUGCUGCUGGUUUUGACCCAGGGGUCUGGGCUUGGUGGGAUGGGAUAGGGCUGAGGAUGAGCAGGGAAUGGGGGUGUUUAUGUGCAUGUUGUGUCUCACUGGUCACACGGAAGUUCCCUGUCCCCUUCUUCCCGGGCUUGUGACCCCCCGUGCUUGAGGACCCUCUUUGUUCAUCUGUCGGAAAGGCCUUUGUCUCCCCCCUGUGGGGCUGCUCCUGCACUGCCCGCGGGGCUCCCUCUGCCUCCACUCAGCGCCUGCUGGGGGAGGGGAGGACAUGUGUACCCAUCAGAGGGGCCAGAACCGCAUUUGAAGCAGGUCCUCCUGUCGGGGCUACGGUCCUGGAGUGGAUGGGGUACACGGGGAAGUCUCCAUAAGCUAAGCUGCCCUGGAGCCCUCACCGCUGGCCUCUAGAAUCGUCCAGUAGGGCUGGAUAGGCCGCCUUUUGCCAGAAGCUGCACUAGGGAUAGUUUGUGCCCCGUCUCCCGGGGCCCUUCAGGCCAUGCAUCUCCUCCCUCCUCCCAGGGCAUUCGAGUGCUUGGGCCCGUCUCCCCCUGCAGUUUGGGGCGUGGGCUCCCCCAGCCAGGCUGGAGAGAUGAGUGACAGUGACAUGUCCAGUGUGACACCCUGUAGAUCAGAGAGCAGUAGAAACUAAGCCUGGCCCCGGCCCCAGGUUUGGGGCUCACACUGGAGAUGGCGCCCCUUGGGUCCGACAUGUGGGGGCCAUUAGAACAGCCAGUGCCGUCAGGGAGCUGAAGGGGAGCUGUUUCCUGCCACCUACCAUGGCUCCCUCUUCCCUUCGCGUUGUGGGAAGGGCCUGUGCUGUCCCUCACCCCUGCCCCACAGAUUCCUGUGCGUGGGGUCCCUGGACAGGACGAUAAAGAGUUUU